CAAUUUCGUCAUCGCAUUGCAGCCAUGUCGGAGGCGGCCCAGGUGGAUGCCAACGCCAAGGCAAACAUCGUGUGCUUCGGACACAUUGCCAAGGUGAGAGCAUCAAAUAGCCACAGGCCAUCCAUUCAUCCAUUCAAUGACAUGACCCAUUUCUGUGCAUACUGUACAGGCCGUUGACACGAUAGAAGGCAUCGCCAGGUCGCUCCGCUCCCUUGCCCGGCAGCACAGCACCGGCCUCCGAGAUGAGCUCAAGGCGAAGGGGCUCAGCUGCAAGCCAUCGCACACCAGCUGGGAGGCCCUUGUGGCGGCCGUCAAGGGGCAGCCUGUCAACCGCCAGAAAGAGAUAGUGGAUGGGUUGACGGCUGACUUGGCGGCCCUGCUUCUGGCGGUCUGGAGUGCUGUGGGUGUGAAGGAGGAGAAUUCGGAGGAUGCUGCUGCUGCUGCUCCUGCUGCUGCUGCUGCUGUUGCUGUGGGGGCUGACAAGUCGUGUGAGUGCGGCGGGUUUGCGGACGACACGUGCGCGGGCGGCGGCUUCCAGAUAUUCUGUAAGCUGGUACAACGAAUGAUGGAUGCCGCUUCUGUUGGAUGGAUGUGUGUGUGUUGUCGUUCGAUCAUUCAGGCAAGACGCUCACGGGGAAGGUGGACUCAUGCCACGCACACACAGGUUUGUUUGUACCUCUGCCCGUCCCUGUGUUUCUGUGUGUGUGUGUCAGACGUGCACCCUGAAUGUGUGUCCGAAGUGUACGAUAGAGAAGGUCAAGCACAAGAUAUGGAAGCCCAGCGGGGUGGCGCCAGACCAGCAGAGGCUCAUGUGAGUGAGUGAGUGAGUACCCGAACGCACUGGUCGUCACCGUAUAAGCAAUGCACACACCACAGCACAGCACAGCCAUGCCCUCAGCCACGAUUGCGUGUGUGUAUGGAUGGUGUGGCCACCAUCCAUUUGUGCAGCUUCGCCGGCAAGCAGCUGGAGGACAGCAGGACCGUCGGCCAAUACAAGAUGUUGAAGGAAUCCACACUCCACCUCGUUGUGCGCCUGCGGGUAACCUACCGGAAGAAGCACAACGACCACACUGUGACACACACACGCAGGGGUCGCUAUCUCGUUGUGUGACGUGAAUGGCCAUUCUGUCUCUGUGCAGGGUGGCAUGUUUGCGUCUGUCUCCGGCCGUUUCGGGUUCUCGCCUUCCCUCUACCCCGAGCAGAAUAUGCCCCUCGGCACCGACCAGGAGGCUGACUACGAGAGGGGACUCGCCGAAGUCUCCGCACACAAGGAAUGGUACACACCAGUCCAUGCACUCUCCCCUCCCGCCACACACACAUGCAACUGGUCGUUGUCAGGUACGAGUCGCUCUUGGCCAGUGAGGCGGAUUCGAUGGCCCCUUCGCUGGCUCAUCUGGCGGACAAGGUCGACUCCCUGGAGUCAGCUGUGGCCAAGUUCAAGGCGGGGCACCCGGUGGUCAAGCGGGAGCCGGCCCCCCUGGCGUGCAAAGAGGUGCUGGGCAAGCGCAAAUCGACCACCGCUGGGGCUGGUGCUGGUGGUGGAGCAGCACACGAGGGUGGCGGCAAGGCUGCCAAGAAACAGUGACGAUGGAGAGAUACGGAUGGAUGGAUGGGGGUGUAAUGGGACGGACUGAUACGGACGGACAACGUCACGACUUUCGUUUCACCGAUUGAUAAUUGCAUCCUCCAUCACUG